UACAGACCGGAGCCAGGCUGAGAGCGCUAUACCGGGGGGGAGACACAGCGCGUUAUACCGGGAGAGAGACAGCCUGUCCGGACAUGUCUGCCGGGUGCUGCUGCAGGCAGGUGGCCUGUUGCUGUGGAGCAGCUGGAUGUGCACUGUGCUGUGCCUGCUGUCCGCGUAUCAAGCAGUCUACCAGUACCCGCAUCAUGUAUGCCUUAUUCUUCAUUCUGGUGACCAUCGUCUGUGGAACUAUGAUGUCUCCAACUGUCGCUGAACUAAUGAAGGACAAUAUUCCGUAUUAUAAAGAUAUCUGUGACCACAUCCAGGCUGGGAGUGCGUGUGAGAAGCUGGUGGGGUACUCUGCGGUCUACAAGGUCUGCUUCGGGAUGGCUGGUUUCUUCUUCAUUCUUAUGCUUCUCACUAUUAACAUUAAAAACAGCCGUGGCUGCAGAGCCUACAUCCACAAUGGAUUUUGGUUCUUCAAAUUCUUGAUCCUAAUAGCGAUGUGUUCGGGAGCAUUCUUCAUUCCAGACCAAGAAACCUUCUCUAAUGUGUGGAGAUACGUGGGCGCUUUCUUUGGUUUCAUUUUCCUGCUGAUACAGCUUAGACUUUUGGUUCAGUUUGCUCACAAAUGGAACAAAAAUUGGACGUCUGCUCAAGUCCAUAAGACCUUUUGGAGUGCGGCGCUGGCGUUUGUCACCCUCAUCCUCUAUUCGGUGGCUGUUGGGGCGCUGGCAUUGUUGGCUUACUUCUACACGCACCCGGAAGGAUGCUUGCUCAACAAAAUCUUCCUCGGUGUCAAUGGUGGUCUGUGCUUGCUAGUAACGCUGGUGGCAUUUUCCCCCUGUGUACAAAAAUACAAGCCGUACUCUGGUGUGCUCCAAUCUGGAAUUAUCAGCUGCUAUGUGAUGUACCUGACCUUCUCGUCCCUUUCUAGCAAGCCACCGGAGACUAUGAUUGAUGACAUGGGAAGGAAUGUCACCAUCUGUGUGCCCAGCUUCAGUAAAGACCUUAACCAAGAUGGCAGACUGGUCUCCAUAAUUGGGGCUAUCAUUUUAUUUGCUUGCAUUUUGUAUUCUUGCCUUACCUCGACCACACGUGCUAGUUCUGAUGCGUUGAUUGGGCGAUAUUCGCCGCCUGAAACAGAAGUAGCCCGCUGCUGUUUCUGCUGCGCAUCCAGCGAAGAAGACGGAGUGGAUGAUCGCGUAGUGAAGAAGGGAGGUCAGCACGUGGCCUACGAUGAAGAGACCACCACUGUGUACAGGUACUGGUACUUCCACUUCGUGUUUUUCCUGGGAACCUUCUACAUGAUGAUGACAGUCACGAACUGGUUCCACUAUAACUAUGCGGAAAUUGAGAAGCUGUUCAUAGGCAGCUGGAGUCCGUUCUGGAUUAAGAUGGCUUCCUGCUGGGCGUGCAUCCUUGUAUAUCUCUGGACUCUGCUGUUUCCCGUGUGCCGCGGCACUCGCAAGGGAUACGUGGUGUAGACAUUCCACAGAACAAUCCGUCUCAUUAUCUGUUACAUGUGAAUUAGGCAGACUGUACGCAGUAAUCAUGUGGUUUGGUAGCAUUUUUGUUUCUUGCGCUGGAAGUGGGAUUGUGGGACAUUUUUAAGAAGCCAUAUUGCACUGGGCACACUACUGUCAGAUCAUCGGGGUGUGCUUCUAAGACCAUAAAUGUAUACUAUUGGCAACAUAAACCUACUGUCUGAACUCCAUGCUAGGCUUUUUAUUUUUAGAAAUUUUUACUUUGAAUGUUAGAGAAAUGUUGAACCCCUUUCAACCCAUUCCUGGAUUUUCUGGUGCUACAAAGCCAACUUCAUUUUUUUUUUUUUACAUUUUGGAUUCAUACAAGGGCUGCUGUAUAAUAUAAAGUUUGGCUCUUACUGCAGUGCAUUGUGGGAAUCCCAAGAAGGGAGCUGAAGUUGCAAUUCUCGCUUUGACACUGUGUACAGGUAUAAUAUAACCCACAAAACAUAAUGCGCUAUUCAUUUUUCCUUCACAAACUGCCUUUCUAUACACGAUUGUUGCAAUACAAGUGACUGCUCAAUCACAAUGUGCUCUGUUUAGAUCAGACGGUUAUUGCGGUCCAUCCACACUACAUUAACUAAGUAACUUGGUAAAAUCUAUUUAUAACUUGAUGCUGAACCUAUUACCCAUGUAUUUAGUGCAGGUCUACUUUAUUUGGGAUGGUAAAAACACAAGCCAAAGACUCUUCUCCUUGGGGCGUUGUGGGUGUGACGCUAUGCCAUUAGCACUAAA